CUGCUAAAAACAGGCACUCCUCUGCAUGUGGUUCUGUCAAAAACUGGUCUCUAAAUACGUGUGUCACUGCAAAGUAGCUUGUAUAUCAGUGUAACAGGCGCUGACACUUUUACAGACCAUAACGACAGGUGCGCGAUCAUCUCCAAUCAUCGCUGUAACCUCUAUAUCAAACGUCAACGAAUUUCUGCUCCAAUUAGUUCUGUUUGAUAAACGGGAAAGAUCAGUUCUCAUAACUUGUGGAUGGUUAGUGCUUAUAGUAGAUAGAGGGUCUAAGCGGCCCGUCCUGGUCCGCGUGGCUGAUAUAUACAUACAACAAUACCAAUGCUUAGCUCUCAGCUAUGCAGUCGAUAUUUGCAAAUGAAAACUCCCUUUUCACGUUUGAACGCCCAUAUCCCGUACAUGCGUGAGGUAUAGUCAACUGGCGAUACAGUGUCGUAGUGUGGGGCAAACACAGGCGAUAAGUCGGCUCAGCUUCAGUCUCUCUGGAUCAUUUUGGAUUUUAAUCUCACAAAGGAUUCUAUUAUCAUUCGUUCUGUAUUUUGUUAUGACUUCAUAUUUCCUGUCAUAAACUACAAUAUAUAUAUAUAUAUUUAUAAAAAAAAAUUCUGUUUGUGGAAAACUUCUAUGAUGGCAAAGCAUGGAUUCGCGUGUUUUUAAGAAGGGACGUCGGAAGCCCGCGUUGCUGUGUUGUGUGUUGAAACUUCAUGGAUAAUUAUGUGAUUAUUAAGCAUAUGAAAAUUCUACGUUGAUUUAAAAUGACUGCGGAGUGGUAUCUGGAAUUGAAGUUGCUGUCUGUCGCUUUCAUCGGAUUAUUCACCUCUCUGUUACUGGGUUUUCUCACCAGUGCUAGUGCCUUUCCCGAAGAAGAAAACAAAAAGAUUCCAUUUUUCAAUCCACGUCCUACAAACGUUUCUUACAACACAGGUGAAACCGCCGUCCUCUUGUGUUCCGUGAUGAAUGUCGACGCCCGAUACGUCGUGUGGCGACGAACAUCGGAGCCCAACCCUAUCAGUUUAGGGGAGUACAUCUACAGUCCCGACCCACGUUUCAACGUUAGUAGGAACCCCCGGAGACACGAGUGGAAUCUCCGUAUCCGGGACGUCAAACUCACGGACGGAGGCGUGUACGAAUGCGCCAUCUCAUCGAGAAAGAAGUACAUUCGCCACGUAUUACUCAGGGUUUACGAGCGGCCGACCACAGCCAAACCAACCGUUACUAUGACAGGUUCAAAGUACGUGAACAAAGGGGAGACAAUCCGAUUACAGUGCAAUGCAACGGGCUCAUAUCAUGCCCCUGAUGACAUAGACUGGUUUAAAGAUGGGAACAAAUUAAUUCCGAGUGUUACAAACAAUAUAAAAGUUAAUACUCAGCUUACGUACGAGAAACGGACACUAACCAGUAUGCUGGAGGUCCAACACACUAAGUUAGAGGACGCCGGGAUUUACGUGUGUCGCAGCACCGACCUGGAGAUCGCCAGCAAUCACGUGCACGUGCUGGAUGAAGGGACGUCACGUAAAAACGUCAAAAGAGUUUCCGGUACGUCCAAUGGUGGAAAAAAUCACUGCUGUUUAACAUUCUCCAGCCAUUUUGCAGGAAUAUUAGCCGUUUCAUUGACUAUUAAUUAUCUGAUACAGCAGCUCGCGAAGACGUGACAAACCCUUUAUGGAUAAACACAGGAAGCUCACCCACACGUGUUUCAAUUACGUCCAUACAAUAUGCAAGGGAGCAGCAAGUAAUGAAAGAUUAAUUUCCCCUGUGUUAAUUGGUUAAUUCUGUUAAUAAGAUAAUAAUACAAUAUGUAUAUUAAAAUCAAUUGUUUAUAAUUUGCUAGUAAUUGGACUUCAAUGACUCAACUUGAUUUUUUUUAAAUAUCUUUUUCAAUUUUUCAUUGUUUGCUGUUUUAUGUUGAUGUAUCACAUUACUGGCCAGUUGUUCGACAUUUACUCUAUACAUAUAUGUGAUAACCAAGUCGUCAUAUUUCGGAAUGGUAAAGUCAAUAAGGUAAAAUAUAUUUGUAUUAAUUAACAAUGGCAUAGGUCAAUAUCUUCUCGUAUUCGAAAUCCAAUUGUUCUGCUCUCGAUAAACUUCUCUUUUCUUCAGAAAAUAGAAGUAUGUCGAAAUCGAACAUUAGGGCGCCAUACCAACAACUCAUUAAACAUUUAUCUGAUACUUGUGAUACGUAUCAACUUCUACACAGAGUUGUUGUUCCUUUCGCAUUUUAUGGAUUAGGAUGUAAGGAACGAUAAUUCUCAAUAGAAGCUGGAUACGUAUAUCAAGAACGAAACCCUUGGAUUACAGAGAUGCUUUGAUCUAAUACUUAACCUUUAGCUUAAGUAAUAAAAUGAAAAAUAAUAAGUUCAUUUCUGUAUAGACAUAUUGCUAUAUAAUGUAUUGAACAUAUGAUAAACAUGAUUAUAUGUAGUUCACUAAUAGUUAAGUUAUCAUUACUUUAGUAGCCAAUUAUGAUAUUUUAUAUGAAAUGUACAGUCUACAAUGCAGUAUGGGUUCAUUGUUUGUAAGGUUUAUGUGAUACAUGCCUUUAUGUCGUACGAUUGAUUCCGUGGUGAAUAUGAGCUAUUUGUAUGGACGUGCGUGAGGAUGUCGGUAUGCACUAACUAUGUAUAGGUUGUAUAGUAGGUAUAUGUAUGUAGAUAUACAUUUACAUCAACGUUUACGUCAGGUGUAAAUGCAAACAUCUCUAAGCGAUUUAUAUCAACAUUUUAGAGCUGACAGACUCUGAAACGAAGUCAGAUUAACUCUUCUAUAUCACAUACAAAGUACGAUGUAUAUAGCAUACAAGCAAAAUAAACCUCCUUUCAAGUGUGAGUGUGUGUUUUUAUUAUAUUUUUUUCUCUCUUUUUUUCCGUCUCCUGGUGUAUCGGUACUUAACGUAGACAAACCAAUACAUAAACGACAACAUGCACGGUAAAUGAACAAUGGCAUUCGGCAUAUUUUCUAUUUUAUCUUCAGUAUGUUUUAGCUAUUUAAGUACAGUAUUUAUCCAUUGACAAUAUUGUAUUGUUGAUUCUUUAGCACACGUGCAAAAACAUCUAUAUAGAGCCAUUGUGUUGAUAUUGGUUUACGAUUAACAUUAAUAUGCAUUUUGUACUGAAGAAGUAGAGUUUUGUUUGAAACAUUGUGCCGGAUGUUUCUUGUUUUCUAUGUUCUUCCUUACUUGUUUUGUUUCUUUUUCUUUCAUUGUUUCUUUCCUUAUAUUUUUUCAUCUUUAUUGAUAUUUUAUUUUCUAAUUAAAAAAAACCAUCCACGUUAAACUUAAUCUUUGAUAUCAACAUGUAAAACCCCACUUUGCGCCACACGAUCUUCAUAAGAUAUUGUUUUAAUAAUGUUAGUAAAAAUGCCCUCAUCAUGUCGGCUUCUACUUACAUACUUUAAACGAUAUUAAUUCCACAAUAUAUAUGCAAUAUUUGUCUACCUUGCAUUCUUUUAAAAAUUGACUGAGAGCUGUCGUAGUAUAUAUAUAAAUAUUGCAUUGACCAUGUUAUUAGAAAACGACAUGUUAAUAAAAGAACUCUUUGCGUUUAAAAGCCUGAAUAUUUCAGUCUUCAAACAUCUUUGUUAUUCGCCUUAGUAUAUCAUAGUAUGGUAAAGUUUAGACAAAUAUUUCAUACUUUCAUACAUAUGUCAUUUGGACGAAUAUGAAGUUUGUAUUCAUAAUGAGUAUUUUGUACAAUAUAAUGAUAAUAGUGUACGUUUUGUGUUAUAUUCUGUAUAGUAGGAUGUGAAGGUAGCGACAUAUAUAAUGUUGUCUCUAUUGACUAAUGUGUUGGAUGGAUCACAUGUUUAUCAUCAAUCUUACUAUGGUUAGUUACAACCCGAAUGAAUACCAAAACAUAUUUGUUUUUAUUACAUAACAAUUCUUAUGUCUUAUAAUAACAGUGAACACGAUGAUUAACCUCCUUCCAUUAGCAUGCGAAAACACUCAUUAAAUCCCAUCGCACGUAUAAAUGCAUCAUGCGUGAGUGAACCAUUUAUAAGAAUCACGUGAUAUGAUCAGGUGCUCGGGAAGUGUAUUAACUACCACGUGACAACCAUCGUGAGAUCACAUGACAUCGAUGAAAACGCCCACAUGAUAUCUGAAUUAUGACGAGAAUGGUAGUUGGUUUGGUACCGAGACAGUUGUGUAGGAUCUAUAUUACCAAUUGCAUGAUUACAUAACAUGACAGUUAAGAUAUGUAACUUAAAGCUCAUCUUAUCUUUAUCUCAAGAAAUUUGCUCGAAACAAUGGUUUUGUAGUGUCUGAAUUAUCUAUCUUUUUCUUUUGUCGCAAAUCAUUGUUAUGUUUAGUUGAUAUUUUUCUCAGUAGUUAAAGGUAUCUUUGAUUGCUUUUUUCCAUGUCUUCCGAUGAACAUAAUAAGUAUCUGAUUUGUCCGGAGGAAGGCAAAGCAUUUUUUUAUCGCCUCUCAUUUGUUGUUUAAAAAUAAAAUACAUAAAUUUGCAAUGUAAGAUGAAUUGCUUAUAUCAAUACUCAUAUUAAUAUCUUUCAUGCUUAUUACAGCAUUCAUAUGCAGAGAUUAUAUAAGUUUGUAUGCAUUUGUUUACUUUUCAAAACCAAAAAAGUAAAAGCUAAUCAUACCUGUUCUGUCAAGUUCAUGCUGAUCAUGGAUCUGUUCAUGCACGGCCUGGCUAGUCUAGAUUGUCUGUGUAAAUUCAUUCUUUGUGCGUAUGUGUGAUGGGAUUGGAAGGAAAUAUACCUCAAUAUAAUUGUACAUGUUCGAUACGCAAAUAUAUUUUCUUAUAUGAUGAGAGAAACGCAUUAUUGUAAUUAGUUUAACUGUCAGUCAAUAUCUAAAAAUUGUUGUGACUGAAAUAUUAAUUUUUAUCAAAUAUGUAUAUAAAAUGUAAAAUGAUUUGUACGAUUGAAUCA